UUCUAAACUGUUACUCGGUACACAAUAAAAUAAGGAAAGAAUGGACAAUGCUGCCUCCAUUAAAGAAGGUGAAAAUGGUGUGAAGCAUCUAAAAGAAGCUUUGCAUACCGAACUUUUAUCCCAUGUUGACCUAUCCGUCAUCUUCUUUCUGCUGCUUAGAGAUGAGAUAAACAUCUACAAUGUUCGAGCUGCAAAGUCUAUGCUCUCGAUCUUCAAUGAAAAAUGGACACAUAUAAUCACAAAAUCAUACAACAGUAGUGAUAUAGCUGAAAGCGCUGAAAAAUUCAAAGGCGUGGCAAAAAACGUACAAUGGAACAGAUUCAUAAGGAAAAUACUACAUAAAGCACGUUCGAAAUUAGGUAUUACAAAGGACUUAUCGUGCACAGUAAAACGUGAAAAUGAAACGUGCUCAGAAGAGGAUUACCUCUACUGUAAAACUUGCUUAGGUAGAGAGCCAGAGGGGAUGAUAUGCUUGAUACGCAGAUGUCUCUGUAAAAUAAAAGGCAUCUCUGACUCAGAUCUCCUCUCACUAAAAGAGGCAACUAGCACAUGUAAAAAACGCGGAAUUUCAGAAAUAAGUUCUCAAAACCCUGCAAGCUUUUACUCUGAAAAUCUAGGGUAUAUAUUACCUGGUAAAUCGCAAACUGAAGAGAAAUCGGAACAGUUAAUUGUUAAAGUACUGGAAAAUAGAAUUGCAGAUAUUAUAAGCGAGGCAAAAGAUUAUUCCCAGCAUAACAACGUAAGUUGUCUCGCCUUGUUCGACUACGACAUACAGUCAUGCCAAAACUGUACUGAAGAACGGAAACAUCCACCUGUAAUUGCAUUGAUAAGCCCAUUUAUUGUUAAGCAAAGUAUUACGCAUGACAAAACUUCAAGACGGUCAGCAAAACGAAAUAUACGAGGGGUCAGCAAUUGUGAAAAUAAUAUGGGCUUCACUCAACACCGAGAUCUCUAUACAUCCCACACGUUUCCACUACAUCUCUAUUUACAUGAUACGGGAUCUAAUUUCGAUGAUCAGACAAAUCACCCCGAAUCCAAAGGGUUAAUGGAUAUCGCAGAUAUGAUAUUCAAUGUGGUGGAGACUCUCCUUGCUGGCACUGAAAGUCAUUCGAUUGAAAUUCCACAAGCAGCUCACAGAUUGAUAAUUAUAUUAUACAAUAAGCUAACACAAUGUCAAGGCGUAACUACACAAUUUCCUCCAUGCAAUUCGGCGGAUGCUAACAAUGUGGACAACAGUAGUGAGGAUAAAGAAAAUACAGAAUCUAGCAUGGAAUUUAAUGAUGAAAUAGCAACGAUGCUGUCAAAGAACUAUGGAACUCUGUUAACUAAAAUCACUAGGCUUGUCCCAUUUCCAACUAUAUACUGGUUAACAGAUCCUGAUAUACUAGCCCAGGUAUCAUCAAUAGAAGGUAUAGGUGCUAUAACUCUAAUACAAAGGCAAAUAAAUAAUAUGGUCGAAAAUUACAAGCCCGGUGGUGGUACGUCCGAAUUUCUACAACAACUCAUCAAAGAUAACCUGGCAUAUAUAUGUAGCCGCUUGGAGUUGCUACAUCCUGAUAUCAUGAUAGUUUUUUAUAAUUUAAUGGUAAAUUCGCCAUAUUUCUCACGAUACUACGAAGGUAAAGGUGAUCCAUACUCUUACAUAUUUCUAUCGCAUACAAAAGAUGAAGAUUCUACCAGUAUGUCAAAAAAGAAUCAGCCAGAGCUAACAAAGGCCAUGAUAAUAGUCAACACUGCUAGAAGCUAUGGAAUUGGAGGAAGCAGGAGUUUCGUUCAUAUCAAAUGCUUACACACUAAUUUAGCGUUUGCUCUCGCAGAAGGUUCUACUCUCGGCAAUUUUGUUGUUAAAUUACUAUCAGAUCACAAAUUAUAAUGAUAUAUAUGUAUAAGCCUUCUUUAUGGUGUAAUAUAAC